AUGGACACCUACACAGGUUUCGCGGCGACAGGCACCUUCGAGACACAAGUUGAGACAUCCCCAAGUGAUGUUUCAACCCAAGCUCUUUACGCACUUUUGGGGGACGCUUUGCGCAGUAGCCCCAGGCCUCAGCACCACGGCCAAGAUGAUCGAGGUGAAGAGGGCACUGCUGGGAUAAACAGGCGCAUUGGUGAUGUGUCGCCCAUUGACUCUGAGGUCCACCACCAGGAGCAGGCUGUCCACCGUCUGUCCGAUUCUGAUCUCAUCAACAUGCUUCAGAAUGCAUUCCAUAUCCCUCGUGUGAAAUCGGAGGCUGGUGAAGAGGGUUCAGCGAUGGAGUCUGACAGUGAUUCAGAGUUGGUCUCACCUGCCAGGUUGUCGUUCUUACAAGCGCCUGCCCAUACUCGAGGCAUCGACUGGCACCAUAAACAACUCGAUUUGUACCUCAUGGUCGAUGAUGCACUCGCACGUGCCCAUACAGAUGAAGUGUAUGCUCAUCACACUCUUGCGAAAGUCCGCGUACAGAUUGAGAAGCUUCGAAUGAGGGCUAUGGAGUGCCGACGGAUUGUUCAGCGACGACAAGCAUGCCGGGAACGAUUAUCAAAAGCAGUAGCAGAGCUUGAAAGGCGCCUGAAAGACCCACGUAUUGCUCAUUAA